AUGCCAAGCUUUCUGCCUUCAGAUGAACCCACCCUCAAUGGCGACUGCCUAUCUCUCAAAAAUAUUGAACUAGUUGAUAUUUUUAGCUGCUCCCCAUUAUUUCCUACUGUCGCCAUCUCCAUCUGCACACUCACAGCAUAUCGGCAGGUUCACCGAACUUGUCCCCGAUUCAGCAUUCAGGCACAAUGCAAGGUGUUGUGUCAUCUCCAUAAUAUUCCGUAUCGAUCAUACUUAAAUGCGCAAUUUUCGGACGCUUACGACAUUUAUCUCGAAAUCUUGCAUCGCGUCGACGUCCUUAUCAACCAAGCGCUUAACCGCGACUCGCUCAACUGGCGUCUCCUGAACUCCUGCCCGUGUUGCUUUUACAAGCUAGAAGAUGAAGAAAACAUGGCUCUGGAGUGGCUGGUGACUAUGGACGGCAACAAUAGCUUAAAACGAUGGAUAGUUGAUAAGUUUAAGGAUGAAGUGCGAGGACACACCCACCCGACUGUGGAUACUGAAAACGGGCAAGACAUCGAGCAAACUGAAACAGUGCCAUCAUCCUCAUUUACUUGUGUCGACCGGAUGUUUUCAGUGUUUGAUGAGUCAGGGAUAUUUAUUGCUGCAUGUCGACACCGGUUCAUCCUUCUUGCUUGUGAUAUGGUUAAGAGUGGUGAACUUGCAAAAUAUCCAUUGGCGGUUACGCUAGGGAACAGUACUUUGGGACCACAUGCUUCCGCCCUCAAUUUCCGGAUGAUGGUAGGAGUGUUUCACGGCCAUGCACAUAAUCGAAGGUGCCAGAUAGAUUGGCAUCCUAUGUAUAUCAAAGGCACUGGACACAUGGAGGGCGAAGGAUGCGAACACAUUUUUUCUUCAUCAAAUGAACUUGCACGAAGCACGCGGCACACUACAACUUUUCACCGACAUCAAUCGAUCGAGCAACAUUUUACAUUUUGGGAUGAGGAUAAGUAUACGGCAUUAAGUGUUUUUAUACGGAAUCAUUAUCGGGAGGCGCUCGCAGAUAUCCAAAGCCUCACAGCAGAACUUUCGGUCAUCUGGGAAACCCUCAAUCUUACCGAUGCUGACUUUAUUCGGUUUCAUGCGCAAGAACGUGAAUAUCUUGAUGGGUUGAAACAAGCACCGGUCAAGGAUCUUGUCCAUGUCGAUACGGCAUAUUCAAAACUUCAGAACACGGAACAGCUAGCUGGAUAUUUAGAGGUUCAACUUGGCAUCGACAAACGCUGGGAAAUCGGAGGUGAACAUUAUAAUUGCUUUCGAGAAGAAGCUUUGCUUCUCAGGUGUCAUUCAGCGCUUGAUGAACUUGAGCGCCUGGUAGUCAUGCGCCUGUUUGAACUGUCCAAACUUUCGUUAUCAGGAACAGGUUACAAGCUACAUCAACAUAUUACCAAAGCCCUUCAACAACGUUCAGAUGCUAUUCGGAACACUAUCAAUUGUUACAGCACUCAGGCCACCGCUCUGGUCCCACCUAGGCCAAAACUAAUGUGGAAGGAUAUUGUUGAAUAUAGCUUCCUUGGCGAAUUUGACUUAUUGCGUCACUCACCUACAGUUAAAUACUUCAAGCUCCAACGUGCUCGCGAAGAAAUACAGCGUCUGAAUAUAGAAAUCCAUCGUCUGCGCACGGCAAUACAUGAUGAAGAAACCAAGACCAUUGCAACAAUAGACCAACUCCUCAUCACAAAUUCCCUACUUGCCAUGGAGUUGAGAAGGAGGUGGCAGGCACGCACCGCUGUCAAUGCUGUCCAUCUUUACCGACUAAGUCAAAUCGAGUCACAGCCUGCAUUUUCGGGCAGACGUGGUAUUGGCGUUUCUGCAACUGGUAUCGAUGGAGAGCAUGCUGAGAGACUUGACUUAACUGAUAUUAUCUCUUUUGAAUCAAACGGUGAUGUUCUCGAGGAGGAGGAUCAAGCGCAGAUGACGGAUGAUUUCACUAGCUAUCUACUCUCAGUCGGAGACUAG